GUGUGUGUAGGCGCAUCGGAUCCUUCGUCAUUACCACUGUUCCUUCCGCCUCCACCUAAUCCAUUUUCUCCGACAGUUUUUGUUCUUUUCCGGCGACCUUUUGGAGGCUCCGAUGACCGGUAGGUCCGAAUCUCCGGUCGAAUUCGGUGGUCGGAGCUUUUGACGAUGUCUGGAGAUGAAACCCCCAAAUCUGAUCCUCUCCGGGAAGAACAAAUUCAGUCGUCGGAAUCGGCGUCGGAAAUUCCAGAAAUUGAGAAAGAAAUUAACGCCGCCGCCGGUAAAGUUACAGAGAGUUCGCCAGGAAAGCAAAUCGAAGGCGGCGAUGGUGGCGGAGACGGAGAGGACGGGUUCAGAACGCCGACGUCGUCGGAGAAUAAAAUUCCGCCGGUAACCGACUGCCCGCCGGCGCCGCGAAAAUCGAAGAACCAAUCGUCGAAAUUGAAGAGAAAGGCGUCUUCUUCUUCGCCUCCGCCGGCGCCGCCGCAAGCUCGCCGCCGGAUUCUCGAAUCCGACGCCUCUACGGAGGUGGAAUCGAUUUUCCGGCCGGAUUCCGGUCAGGAUGAUAGCGUAGAAGAUCAACGGCCGGUAGCGAAGAAAGCGAAAACGGACGGCGAGGAUUGAUCGAGAUUAAUACAUACAUAUAUAUACAUACAUACAUACAUGGCCUCCAUUUGUGGUACGGAAAAAAUUAAACGUUAUACAGUCACUUCUUUCAUUUCAUUUCACUUUGUCAAAUGUUACAAUAAUAUUAUGAUUUUUAUUAUUAUUAUUA